AUGUUAGCCGCUAAGAGAAAUAUUUCCCAUCUCGACACAGGAUAUGUAGCUGCUGCUACUGAUGCUAUGUACUUGUGGGGGCCUAAUCCCGUCAAAACUGGCUUUACCUACGAGAUAACUUUUCUUGGUUUACACACCGAUAGUAUCGUUCAGAUACGUUAUCUGAAUUACAGAAGCGGUCGGCAGGUGGAGGCAACGUAUGAAGCAGCGCUGAAACAGAACACAAGGACGGUCCACAGAUUUGUCUCCUUGCCGGGCCUGAAGGAUCUUGCCUAUUUUGUGAUCGAGAUGGUGGGGGAGAACAACUUUGAUUAUGUUGCCAUGACGUAUGAUGCCAAUACCAACUACGGCGUUGUCCGGUCUGUCCCACCCUCUUUCUGGAGUAAACAUUACGGCCUUAAGUUGCGCCCCAGCACAGUGUAUUGGAAAGUUCUUGUGUUGAGUUUAGUCUCUCAGAGGGUGUCGGUUACCCAUUAUGAAGCUUAUUUGGAACUUGAGGGAGGAUACCGUUUGUUAACCAAAAUUACCACCGAUGAAAAUUUUGAUGUUUUACCGUACCAACCAUAUCUGUUUAGGGCCUAUGUCAAGCCAAACAGCUUCUUGAAAACGCACGGUAAAGUACACAAAACUAUCAUAAUUAGAUUAUAUUGUUUGAUAACUUUAGACGAUGUUUUAUCUAGUCCGUUUGAAUAUUAG